AUGUCUCAAAGUGAUUCCCACCCUCAAUCCUAUUCUUGCAAGAACCCCCAGCUCGGCCCGACUUCCCCUCCACACACCCCUCUUCCAACAGAAGGAGAAUUGUCCCCAUAUAAGACUUACUACUCGCAAUCAUCCCCCCGAACUCAUAUACCAGACGAUCUCUUGUACACUCCAGAUAACGACAAAUUGCAAGACUCUAUCAUGACCUCAUGGGGAUCUUCUGAGCCUUCCAAAGAACGCAAGAGGGAUAUGGAAGACUUACGUGCCCUUCUGACCAAUACAAUUAACGAAACCUUCCAUCCUGAUCUCAUAGAAGUUUCCAAUGGAGACAAGAAAAGAAGAUUUGAAGUUGAGAUUGUUGGGAGUAGUAUUUGGGGAGGGGAAAUAGAUAAUUCGACGGAUGUGGAUCUGUGUAUCGUUGAUCGAGCAUUACCCAGAGGAUACGAACCUUCCAUGUGGCUUCAACCACCUUCAAGCAUCCAAAUCGGAUCCAACACCCAAGCAAGACGAGGAAGAUACGAAUCAUCUCAAAAUCUACCGAAUUGUUAUUCACUCAAAGCGCUUUCAGACUGUAUCGAAAAAGUAGGUAUGACACAUACCAAGCGACAUCCCCUGCCUUUACCGUUCAUUAAAUUCGUCGAUCCGGAAAGAAAGUUGGGAUGUGACUUACAAUGUAACGAUUUGGCUGGAUUGUACAAUUGUUCCCUCAUUCUCGCUUACUGCCAAAUUUCACCCAACCUCCUUCGACCUUUGAUAUACACAAUCAAGAAAUGGUACAAAUCCAUAUCAGGCAAAGAUCCGAAAUUAUCCAACCGUCAGAACGAAUUCAAAUUAUCUUCGUACUGCCUUUCACUCAUUUGUAUAGGAUUUUUACAACAUAUCGGACAAUUACCUAAUCUCCAAGAAGACAUCAUUGCGAGAAGGUACGAUAAGAUUGAAGAGAUGAUGGAAGAUGAUGAGUUGAUUUGGGGCGAGUGGGGUAGAACACAGGGUAGAGCAUUUCACACUACAUUUUCCAAUAAUCCAAAACAAGAUUGGAGGGUUCGAGAUACCAAGAUGAUCGUGGCAGAAGUUGUCAGAGGGUUCUUUGAAUACUUUGCUCAAGAUACUAUCCAGACCAAAUCAGAGUCACCACAUGCUGAAGAUUCAGACCACUUUAACCCUAUCACACAUAUCAUAUCACCUCUGAAUGGAGGUAUUCUCCCACGUAUUUUACUAUACAAAGACCAGACAUAUCCAAAUCUCGAAAAAGAUCAAAUGGCUUAUCCGAACUGGAAGGGGUACGAUCCUUCUCAGAUCAGUCUGAUAAUGCAACAUUACCGAAUGGCCAAAUCGGUCCAGAUCGAGAUGAGGAUGGGUAAAGGUGAUGGGGGAUUACAAUCGUAUGAAUGGUCUGAAAGGAAAUUGGUCGUUCAAGAUCCAUUUAGAUGGGUAAAGAACCAAGCGAGUGGGAUGAGUGAGGAGUGCUGUGAUGGUUUCUUUGAUUUGAAAGAAUUAGGAACGAAAGCGACGAUUGAAGAUAUCUUGACUAUCGACAUGGAUUAG